GCGCCCACGCUUCCCCGGGAGACCGAGGCGCACGCGCGCACGAUCUGACGCAAGCGCACAGCGCCGCGGGGGUAAGGAAGGAGGCGCGCCCUCGGGCAUGGUGCGGGCACAGAGGGACGCGCGCCUCCUCGCUCGCGCGCGGCGGUUGCCACAACAGAAGAGCAGGGCUGGUCCAGGCAGGGAGGGUGAUCGAGAAGAAGCAAACCACCACUUGUUUCAGUCGUUGUUUCCCGGGCUUUUCUCCCCUUCACCCGCCUCCCUCUAGUCUCCCGCGGGGGUCCUAUUCUUAGGCGCCCCGCCGAACAAAGACGGUUAAGCGAGGCCGUCGGUCGCGCGCGCACGCCUCCCGAAUUCCUCCCUGGCAGACUAUGGCCGCGGCCGCGACGGCAACCACCUGCUCGUCCUCCUCCACCAGCCCCAUCCACUCGGCCGGCCCGCACCGCAGGCGCCAGCUCAACGACAUCGAGCGCGACGCCGCGGCAGCGCACGACGACUCCUGCUGCUGCGGCGGCACCGACCACCACGCCUGCGCACACGACGACGACGAGGGCAGCCUCCACGGGCACGGCGCCGCCACGCCCUGCAGCGGGAGGGCGCUGCUGUUGGCGCGGAGGAAGCGCGCGUGGGGUGCCGCAGCCAGCGCGCCGGGACAAGCCUGGAUGAGGGCCGUCGUGUUGUGCCUCCUCGGCCUCGUCGCGCUCGUCGGCUUCUUGGGCUCCCACCGAGGCGGCGGUAACGCUAGCGGUGGCACGGGUUCGGACGCGGGCGGCGAUGGCGCCGACGGCGGCGGGAGGCUCGUGCAGAGGGUGGAGGUGGCCGACGCCGACGUGAUGGGGUGGUCGGAGGAGAACUUGACGGCUCUCGCGCGCCGCCCGCCCGACCCGCCGAUACCUGAGAUAUGGAAGAAACCAGACAGUGAGGGUUACAGCCAGUGCAUUGAACGGCCAAGAAAUCACCGCAGGACUAAUAAUGCAACUUUUGGUUACCUGAUCAUUGAUGCAAACGGUGGACUAAAUCAGAUGAGAAUGGGAAUAAGUGAUAUGGUUGCAGUGGCGAAGAUCAUGAACGCGUCGCUGGUGAUCCCAACCCUGGAUCAUCAGUCAUUCUGGACUGAUCCAAGCGAUUUCAAAGAUAUAUUCGACGUCGAUCGCUUCAAAGAAACGUUGAAGGAAGACAUUGUGAUUGUGGAUUCACUCCCACCAGCUUACAAGAGAGUGAAACCCUACGUCAGAGCACCCACCUCCUGGUCCAGGGCUUCCUACUACAGAGACUUCGCGAGAAUACUGAAGAAGUUCAAAGUAGUGAGGUUUACGCACACGGAUUCACGAAUCGUGAACAACGGCCUUGCUCCUUCUCUGCAAAGACUUCGCUGCCGCGCAAAUUACAAGGCGCUUCGGUACAGGAAGGAGAUCGAAGCGCUCGGCAACACGCUGGUUGAUAGGCUCAGAAAUGGAUCUGACCAUUACAUCGCGCUUCACUUGAGAUACGAGAAGGACAUGCUGUCCUUCACCGGCUGCAACCACAACCUGACGCUCAACGAGGCAGCGGAGCUGACGGACAUGCGGCUCAAGGUGCGGCACUGGAAGGAGAAGGAGAUCAACAGCGAGGAGAAGCGGCUGCAGGGCGGGUGCCCCAUGACACCCCGCGAGGCCGCCGUGUUCCUCAAGGCCAUGGGCUACCCUUCCACCACGAAGAUUUACAUCGUCGCCGGCGAGAUCUACGGCGCGCGCAGCAUGGAUGCGCUGAAGGCAGAGUACCCGAACAUCUACACGCACUACAGCCUCGCCACGGUGGACGAGUUGGAGCCGCUCGAGCUGUACCAGAACAGGCUCGCCGCCGUGGAUUACAUCGUGGCCCUGCAGAGCGAUGUGUUCGUGUACACCUACGAUGGGAACAUGGCCAGAGCGGUGCAGGGGCACAGGAUAUUCGAAGGGUUCAGAAAAACCAUAAACCCUGAUAGGCUGAAGUCUGUGGAGCUUAUUGACAAGCUUGAUGAAGGUUCCAUUACGUGGAGUGAGUUUCAGAGUGCAGUGAAGAAGCACCAUGAGAAUAGACUCGGAGGUCCGUAUGACAGAUUGCGUGGUGAAAGUCCAAGGCAGGAGGAAUACUUCUACUCAAAUCCUAUCCCCGGGUGCCUCUGCAAAAGGGUUCAGAGGAGCAAGUGAUAUGGAUUUAGCUCGAAGGGAAAUGAUUCAGUCUUGAAACAUACCGCCAGCUCCAGCAGCUGCAGCAUGGAUGGAGACGAAAAGCUUCCUCCACACGGCAGAGAUUGCCGGAUACAGGGAGUCCUAACAAACUGACAGAGAUCAGCAGUUCUGAUUAUUUUCUUAGGCUGACAGCUCAUGCAGUUGAGAUCUUGAGAGCAGGACAGGGGCCAAGAAGUGCAUUCUCAGGGAAAUGUUCGGUCCAAGGGACUGUGGAAGGAGUAAGGAGAUUUGGUGUACUUGAAGGGUUAAUGUAUAAUCAAGAGUUUGUAGGAACAGCCUGAAUGAAAAAUGCCUCACAAUGAUUGUUUGUAGUUAGUUCAUACAGUGACUCAUGUUCUUAGUAUUUCUGAUCGGUUCGUUUUAGAAGUGCACCCUACCUCUGGAUGGAUUCAUAAGAAUAAUGUAUAAUGCUCUGCUUGCAGGCUGUAGAGCGAGUUGUUACAGUAAACAAUGAAUACCAAUACUUUUGUAGUUUAGUUCAGACCAAAAAAUAUCAAAGAUCAUUGUUUUCCUUU